AUGUCUAAUUCAAGGAUCUUGUACACGCCUACCAAAUCGGGAUUGCCAAAUUCUGAAGGCUUAGAAAGAGGUGCUGGGAACGUUGAAAAAGCCGUCCCUAUUGUGCGGAGAUUAGAGAAUGUGGCCAGUUUGGACCUUCAAUCUGCGAAUCCAGCCAAGUCCAACACUAUCAUAACUAUGAACAAUUCAUCGGAAGAUCUUGAAAGGUUCCUCAUGCUCCAUGGGACGAUGCCAGUUGAAAGUGACCCUGACGUCCGCGUCCUCAUCCGAGGCGUUCUUGUCGGUACUUACGAUGCGUAUUUGUCCCUGAAGGCUUGCAUUAAGGGAUAG